CUCUUUGUGCGGGCACAGAGUUCCGGGGGGUCGGGAGAGGCGGAGGGUGCUGUUGACGGGAGAUGUCAAAGAAGUUGGAGACGAGUUAGGAGCUGGGGCUUGAAUCUGGUAGAAGCAAGAGUUAGGACGUAUUUAGGAACGGGACAAGGACAGUUCCCUUCAUCGCUGCUGAAGAUAUUGCUCAUGCUGAAGUUCAAUGUUUGUCUGCCCUUUGGAAUCCCACUUCUGAAUCUGCUCACAAGUUGUUCAUCAUGGCCACUUCAUCAGAGGAGGUUCUGCUCAUUGUGAAGAAAGUACGGCAUAAAAAACAGGAUGGGGCGUUAUAUCUGAUGGCAGAGCGUGUAGCAUGGACACCGGAGGGAAAGGAUCGUUUUGUCAUUAGUCACAUGUAUGCAGAUAUCCGCUGUCAGAAGAUUAGCCCUGAAGGGAAGGCAAAAGUUCAGCUUCAGCUGAUUUUACAUACAGGUGACACUACAAUCUUCCAUUUCACUAAUGAUAACAGUGCUAGUGCAGCAGCCAAAGACCGUGAUGCUGCGAAGGACUUGCUCCAACAGCUGCUCCCUAAGUUCAAGAAAAAAGCCAACAAGGAACUGGAAGAGAAAAACAGAAUGCUUCAGGAGGACCCAGUUCUCUUUCAACUCUAUAAAGACUUGGUUGUGAGCCAGGUGAUCAGUGCUGAAGAGUUUUGGGCCAACCGGCUGGCUGGAAAUUCCGUGGAUAACUCUGUAUCUGGUAACAAGCAGGAUAUUGGAGUUUCUGCUGCUUUCCUGGCAGACAUCAGACCUCAGACUGAUGGCUGUAAUGGCCUCAGGUAUAAUCUGACCUCUGACAUCAUUGAAUCCAUUUUUCGGACUUAUCCUGCUGUGAAACAGAAGUAUGCAGAGAACGUUCCUCACAACAUGACUGAGAAAGAAUUCUGGACCCGCUUUUUUCAGUCUCACUACUUCCACAGGGAUAGGAUCAAUGCUGGUUCAAAGGAUCUCUUCUCUGAAUGUGCCAGGAUCGAUGAGAAAGGUUUGAAGACUCUGGUUAGUCAGGGAGUGAAGAACCCUCUGGUGGAUUUGACAUCGCUGGAGGACAAAUCAUUGGGUGAGGGUUAUGGAUCCUCAGCACCUACAUCCUCCAAACCUAACAAGGAAAGCAGCAAUGCUGCUAUUAUCCGUCGCUUCAAUCAUCAUAGUGCCAUGGUUCUGGCAGCCGUCCUUCGCAAACAAGAAACUCAAAACGAUCAGAGCAAUGAGAACAACAGCACUGAUGGUAAUUCCCGUGAUUCAGACUGCUUCCAGCCACCGGUCAAGAAGGUGAAGCUGCAGGAAGCAAUAGAGUAUGAAGAUUUGGGAGAGAAGAACUCAAAGAAGACAGUUGCACUAAAUUUGAAGAAAGCAGACAGAUAUUUCCAUGGUCCAACGCCUGUUCAGUCUCAACAUUACACAUCUAGCCAGGAUAUCAUUAAUUCAGUGCACUGUAUUCGACAAGAAAUGGCAAAUUACAAUCCUAAUCUUGCUCAGGUUCUGUCCAGCAGCAUGGCUAGUAGUGCAAUUACUGACUUGUCACCUGGUGGCGUGCUCAUGCAGGGAGGAACAUCCCAAACUGUAAACCAGAUUAUGCCAAGUGAUGUCCAGAUCGAACUCAAACAUUUGUAUGUAGCAGUGGCGGAGUUACUGAGACAUUUCUGGUCCUGUUUUCCUGUCAAUACACCAUUCCUUGAGGAGAAGGUUGGGAAGAUGAUGAAUAACCUGGAAAGAUUUCAGAUGACAAAACUACGGCCAUUCCGAGAGAAGCUGCAGAAGCUAUACAUCAGUACAAACUUGACUGGCCAUUUAGAAGAUAUGCUACAGGUAGCUUUCAGUAAAUUUCAUGCUUGGCAAUCAAAAAGAAUGCUAAAAAAGACGUGAUGUUGAAUUUUUCUGAGAUGUUUGAGAGCCAGAAUGUGUUACCUGCAAAGUCCCAGCAGAACAUGCUACAAGUUCACCAACCUGCUAUGCUGGACAGGGAGGUGAGAGCCCUGUGACAUUGAAGAGACUCGAAGAGACUCAAUUUGCAGAGCUGCAUAUUGGGAGAAAGCAAUUCAAUAAGAUGGACCACUCGUGAGUGACUCUCACUGACUGACCAAAGCAGAAGAGAGCUACCAGGAUAAAUUCCUGUGUAACACAGCUUGUGGAGGCAGUGCUUCUUCUCUGCACAAAGAUUCUGUCAAAUGAUAACUGAGUAUAUUUAGAAAUGGUCUUUCUAGCAUAAACUUUUUUUCAUUUUUGGGUACAGUUUUAAACAAGAAUGGCACAAUGUAAAUGUGAAACUUUUUCAAAGUGUAGCCCUCUGUUUUUGGAUCCUGUUUGUAAGUGGGGGGGAGUAAAGAUGUGGAUAUUUUAAAUAAAG